UCAUAAUUAGGUGCGCACCCGCAGGCCAAUAUUCGAACAGUUUGCGUGCAGAAGCCGAACCGAGCGGUCAAGACUCUCCGAGUCCGAGUGUGCUGAGUCCGGUCCGUUCCGGUCCGAUCCGAUCCGAGAGAGAGAGUGAUCGUGUGUGAUAUUAAUUGUCGCGCCGCGCGCUCGAUAUUGCUUUUUCGAGAGCGAGACCCGAUCGACGACGAUCGACGGGCUGUGUGUUUGGCCUUUUGUCUCUCGUGGCGUGUCGUGACCUUGGGCGCCGUGCCUUGGUCGAUGCUAAUCAAUCGCCCGUGGCGAGCGAGUGUGCGUGUGGCUUUGUGUGUUCUUCGAGCGGAGCGGCGCGCCAGCUGCCUAUUAACGGAGGGCCAAUUGUGUGUGUAGUGUGUGCGACCCCUCCCCCCGCCUUUUAAGGGCGGCCAAUAUUGAAUGGCAACGACGCGUGUUGCCGCGUGAUCGUGUGUGUGUGUGUGUUGGCGCACGACUAUCGCUACUAUCAAGCAAAACGGAAGGCUUCAGCGGUCCGGUGACGGCGACGGCCAAACUCGAAACGAUGGCCGAAGCGCAGCGGUUGAUCGGGAUUUCGCUGGCGAAGAUCGCCCAGGCGCGCGUCUGCCGUGGUGGGGUGUCCCUCCACAAGAACCUGCUGGUCGCGACGGUCCUGCAGAAGGCGCGCUACAUCUUCAUGGAGGAAGCGUACCAUAUCGUCCACGGUCACUAUCUUCAGCAGCAACAGCAACAGCAGCAGCACAAUGCUUACCUCGCGCAAACGAUGGUCAGCCCCGUGACGGCAUCGGAGGACGAGGAAGGGGACAAGUGCGACAACGCACAGCAGCAGCAGCAGCAACGUAGCAGUAUGGCAAUGGCGGCCGCUGCCGCCGCAGCAGCCGCUGCAACGGCCGCGGCAACGGCGGCCGCCGCUGCAGCGGUAGCUGCCGCAUCGACCACCGUGUCCAAGACGCCCGCCCCGAGCGACCCGUUCGCGGACGAUGAGGAGGACGAAGAGGAUGGCGACGACGGCGGCGUGAUGCUGCCGACGACGAUCGAGUCACUUCCGCUCGAACCGGUGGCGGCGGAACCACUCAACAUGUGUCGGAGUGGGAGCAGCGACGAGACGGAGCAGGAGUCGGAGCGGCACCACCACGAUAUGUCGCAUCUGUUUCUGUUGCCGGCACUCGCACCGUGGAUUGGCGGAACGGGAUCGGAGGAUGACGACGGGGCGGAAGCGGAUGAUCGCUCCGCUCGUUCGUUCCUGUCGACACCGUUCGUGGCCGACGAUGACGAUGAUGAGGACGAUGAGGACGAUGAGGGUGGCGACGAGGAGGAGAGCCGGUGCCAGGAUUUGUCUUGCCAUCAGCGAACGGCACCGGCACCAGCACCAACAACAACAACGGCAACACCUUCUGCGAUGCUGUACUUCGAUCUCGAUGAUCGACGGAACGUGAGGAAGCGCUUGCUGCGACGGCGGCGGUGUCGAAGUGGUGAGGAGCCGGAAAGUGAUCGUGUGAUGACGGCGACGGUGGCGGCCAGUAAACGAAAGUCGAACGACUCGAUCGCCGUCGUCCGCGAUAGCGAUGACGACAGUGGAAGCGGACGUGAUGGUGCUGCGGCUUCUGCUGACGCGGAGGCCGUUCGGGACGACGAGCUUCCGAUGGCGCUACUCGCUGCCAAGCGGUUGAAGCCGGAUACGGACACCCGGCCCAGUACCUCGUGCACGCCACAGUUCUACGCCUCGCCUGCUCUCUGUCCGUCGCCGCCGACGCGGAGUAGUGACGGGGAGUCGCGCAUCUCGCCGACCUCAUCCUCAUCGUCGUCGUCGUCGUCGUCCGGUCAACAGCUGGAAGCGGAAAACCUGACCACCACCGGCCCUGGUCAUUACCACCACCAGCAGCAGCAGCAGCAGCGGACCAGUGAUGUACCGGAGACGGCGGCGGCGCCAGCUUCACCGCCGUCACCGUCGGUCGAAAGUAUCGAUCGGAUAACGUCGCUGGUGUCGAUCUUCAGCUUCGGCAAUCUGUCGCGCUCCGUGUCGACGCCCGAUUUCUGUUCGGCCCAAGCGCAGAAGGAUGGCCGUGGCUCAGCGUCCCGCCCGGACGGGGUGGUGGUGGUCGGUGGUGCUGCGCUGCAGCAUCACGGCCAGCGCGGCUACCUGACGAUGACGGUGUAGUAACUCUGCUGCUGCGGAAUGUGCGAAACAGAGAGAGAGAUAGUAAACGAUGAACUAGUUAGGAACAAAACGGUACUUUCACUACAGAGCCUGAGUCGAUGAUCAGCGCGCGAGAGACAGGGUCGGAGCGCUAGAAAGAGAGAGAUAGAGGACCACCACGACAGAGGAAAAGAAUCAAAAUGUAGGGUUAGAGUUAGACGUUUAAGCAGAACAAUAAAUGCUGUUCCUGUUGUGUCCGGCCUUGGCUAAUGGGGAGCCUCCCCCUCCGGCGGACACACGCCUAGGGCCGCGGCCAAAUGAAGAGAAGAUUGAAUAUUUAUUAUGCGACACACGCACGCAGAAAGGGCAUACAGAGAGGGAGCGAGGGCUGCCCGCCCAUAAUAGCAAGCAAAAGGGGAAGCAAAUUAACAUAAGAAGUGGCCGCCGCGAGAGAAAGAGAGUGAUCGAGACAAGGCGCGCUCAAGCGGGGAGCAUAUUAGAGGUGCAUCGAAGAGAAAACAAAGCAGUCCGUUUGGCCAACAACAAGACAUCACAGAGAGAGACAGCAGGGAGAAGUUGAAGUGGCGCGAACAGUAAUUGGCCAAGAAAAGUGUAGCCCCGCGGUGGCGGCAGCGGCGGAGUGUCAAAGGCGAAGACCUCUGAAACACACACACACACAUGCAUAACGCGAUGGUGGUGCAUUUGCUGCACUGCUGCGGUCCGAAAGUGCGCGGCGCUGCCGUUGUGUCGCGUGCGCAUUCGCGAUCUCGCACGCGCGCGCGAUUGCGACAGAUGAUCGCGAUGCAAAGCUGUGUGUCUGUGUGUAUGUGUGUGUGGAUGGGUAGAGCCGAUUGGAAAGUUAUGUUUCGGUGCUGCUGCGAUCCUUUGUUUCGAUCACCGGAUCACUUCACGGAGCUUUGCGCGCGAUCACAGGAAAGUGUAUACGAAUCUAUUAAUGUAAGCUUCCCGAACGAUGCG